GUCGCCAGUGUGUGUUUCUCUCUUCGCCCGGGCGGCGGCGCUGGCAUCGCCAUCAAUAGAACUUUGGGGGAGCGUGGCGGCUGAAAGUGCUGGCCAGCUCUUGCGCAGCAGCAGUUGUCGAGCGACGUGCUAUUGCUGUGGCCAUUGUAGCGCCGAGUUUUUGCCGUCGGCUGUGAGCCGUACGCACCACUCAAGAAAUCGGUAUGUUCUUUAGUGCCUAAGCCAUGCCGCGAUAUCGGCAAAACCACUGCUACGCGCCUGGGUGCCAAACAGACUAUGUGUUCGUGAAGGGUGGGCCGAAGCUGUCGUUGUUUGGCGUCCCGAAGGAUGAGAACAGGCGUAAACAAUGGGAGAAGAACCUGCGCAGAGCGGGCAAGCCCCUGGAAGACACCAGCGCAGUGUGCGAGCUCCACUUCGAGCCGCGUUAUGUGCUCAGAGACUAUGUGCAUAUUAUUGAGGGAAAAGAAGUGCGGAUACCUCGCGGGAGACCCAUUCUCCGCGCUGAUGCUGUGCCGACGCUUCUACCCAAUCUGCCAGCUUACCUUAGUAAAAAGCCGACACAAGAGAGGACCGCUCGUAAGAGGAAAUGAUCGGAAUCUUCAGACGGGCAAUUAAAGCCCGCAUUCUGUCCUUCCGACAAUGCGGUGUCUGGGGCGUUUGCACACACCGACGACGCUGUUGAUGCAGGCUGUGAAGAAUGUCCACAAGCGUCUACAUCUCCACCAUCUGCCAAUGUGAAUCAGUUUUACUUCAACCUAGAAGUGCCUUCACCAUACUGGAGUAAGCACAGUUUCCCUGGCCAUGCCGGUGUUGUAUACUGCACGGCCGCGUUGACCACUAAUGCCGAAGUGCUCUCCGAGAAGGUGGUAAUGUUUUCAGAGUCGCAAUGUGCCACAUACUGCAAAGUGCUUGCUAGAGGCGUUUUGAUAAAGGAAGGGCCGGUGCAUACAAAAACGGAGGCCGAGGACGAGUUGCGAAAGACUGACCGGAUGCAGCUAUGUGCGGGUGCAAUGAGGCUCGAGGACUAUGAUGAAGCUCUCUUCACAACUAAGCUUAGGGACCACGUGUUGACGCGCCAAGGACUGUACUUCAGCAGGAAGUGCCUAGGCCAGGUGCCUAAAGAAGGAACGCCAUGCGUCUCCUGUCGGUACCUAAGGCGAGCUUUGUUGACACGCCGAAGCCGAGUGCAGCGUAGGAACACAAAGGCACGCCUCAACAUUGCCCAGAAAUUUAAAACAGCAGUAAGAAGAAAUAAGCGCCUUUCCACCCGUCUCUCUGAUACAAGGGAGAGCCUUGCGAAACUGCAACAGCAAGCUGCAGCAAAAAAUGCAGAUGUUCUCCAGGAACAGAUUGGGAGCCUACCUACCCAUCAGCAAGAAGCUGUUAAACACUGCUUUGCAGCAGCUAAAGUGAAACCUAAUGGUCUUCGAUACAGCAAGAGCUGGCUUCUCGACUGCAUCAUAAUGAAGAUGAAGGGUCCCCGCUUAUGGAGGCGGAAUUGUUUCAAGGGUCCCCGCUUGUGCGAACACUUGCGUAAAAACAAAAUUCUUGCCCUGCCAAGCAAAUCAACUCUGAAACGUUAUGUAUCUGUUUACCGUACACUUUUUGGCUUCAAUGAGAAAAUCCUGAAGAAAUUGAAUAGUAAAACAGCGGAGCUCGACGUCAGCAAGAGGCACGGGGGAUCGCUCAUCGAUAAGCUGAAACUUUCUGAGAGCUUGUCUGUUAGGAGCAGUGGUACAAUUGAAGGCUUUGUAGACUUGGGCCCAUUUACCACACAAAAGGACAAGAGCACUCCAUCUGACCAUGGUAUGGUGGUACUUUUUGUUCCAUUCCAAGGAAAAUGGAGUCAGGUCAUAGGGUGCUUCGCAACGAAUGGCAACAUGAAAGCAGAUAUUCUCGCCAAGGUUGUUGUAGAGGCCACAAUACUAGCAGAAAAAAGUGGGCUCUUUGUCGAUUUCAUAACAACUGAUGGGGCAAGCUGGAAUCGAAAGAUGUGGAGGAUGAUGGGAAUACAUGCAACUGCUAGUUCGAUUAAGUGCAAGGUCCAGCACCCUUCUGACCCAAAGCGGCACUUGUUCUUCAACUCAGACUUUCCUCAUCUAAUCAAAUGCCUCCGGAACUCCCUGUUGAAGAGCGGCUUCAACACCCCAGCUGGCCAUGUCAGCAUUCGGCCGGUGAGGGAAGCCUACAAGAUUGAUGCCAAUAAUGUGACCCUCAAGGCUAUGCCCGGAAUCACCGAGUGCCAUCUCAAUCCAAAUGGCUUUGAAAAAAUGAGAGUGAGCAUCGCGUUUCAACUGUUCGGUGCGAGAGUCCUCCAGGCUUUCCACCUCUACAGGAAUGAGCUGGACAAGAUAUUUGGAACCAUCAAUGCCACCCAGGAAUUCUUCAGGUAACUGUACCGCUAUUUAAUUCAAUUCACUUCGUUAUUUUAGACAUAAAUACACAAUGUGAAUUAUGUCCUCGAGCUUAGGCAAAAGAUGACCCGUAUGUCUCCUGAC